AGGCGUGAAUACUGACUAGCGCACGUGAAGCCCGGACCAUGACGCCAGCAUUAUUGACUUAAUUACCUACCCAGGACUCCUGCUGCAGCUUCACCUGCACCCCGGAUUAUCGGCAGCAAUUCCCGCAUCCCCCGCAAACUUUCUCCACAAGUUUGUCUCUGAUACAUCGAGUCGUCGAGCAGACUGCGCGUCGUGAUCUAUCACGACACGACGCAUGGGCCCACGAUGGAUGAGGGCUCUGUCACUUCAGAGCCUUCACGAGAGCGCGACCGGCCUUAUGGUUGUGCGCAAUGCGACAAAGCUUUUGGGCGACUAACACACCUUCGUCGGCAUGAGCAAAGCCAUGUGCAAGGCGAUCACUCCCAUCAAUGCGUUAUAUGCAACAAAAGCUUUGCUCGACUGGACUCCUUGAAGCGACACAGCCUGACCCAUCAAGACCCACAGCGCCAGGGAGGCGUCAAGGUGCCAAAAGCCUGCGUUCACUGCGUUGCUGCCAAGACGAAAUGUACUGGAGAGCAUCCUUGUCGCAGAUGCGAUGGAAAGGCGUUGGAUUGCAACUAUGCUUCUCCAGGGUCUUUGAAUGAGGCCCAAUGCGAGUCUGGCGAAAACGACCAACAUCGCGACGCUCAAAGUCAUGAUUCACAACCGGUCGAUAUGUCUCCACCAAACCUGAUCAGCUGGAUGGAUGUAGGUCAGGGUGCUCACAGCAACCAAAUGAACUUGGACUUUACGCUGCCGCCAAUGGCAGUGGCACCAUCCACCAUGAGCGCCCAAUUUUAUCUCUCGCCCAAUAAUCUGCAAAGUCCGAAUGUAACGGCUUCACCCAAUGUCGACACGUCUGUCUUUGAUUCGGGAACUCCGGUGGGUAGCACAAGUUUGGUCAUCAACGAUCGCACGGCUCGAUACUAUGUCGAAGGCAGUGGCAGCAGACAAUCCCGUGUGAAAAGACGAAGACUGACCGUGGACGAAUCGCAUACACCGCCCGCUGAUAUCUUCAACGAGGACCAUCAACGUUAUGCGCUCCCAGACAUGCCUGCACCAAUCACCGCGAAGUCGUUCAUCAACGAUGACAUGUACAUGCAACUAUGCCAGAGCUACCAAGACACAUGUGUGUCCAGCUGGUUCCAAAGUCGAUUUGAGAGCGAGAUUCUGCCGUCACGGGAGCUCAUCAACUAUCUGAUCGACCAAUAUUUUGACCAUUUUAAUCCUUUGAUGCCCAUCCUCCAUGUACCGACUAUGCAAUUGUCCCAUACGCAUUGGAUCCUGCCCUUAGCAUUAGCUACAGCAGGAGCCCAGUUUUCGUCCAAUUCGGACCUGCGUCCCCUGGCCAUCUCAUUCCAAGAAUUUCUCCGAAGAUGCCUCCUGCUGUUGUCAAACCCAGAUCUCUACUAUCGCUGCGCACCUCAGGAGCUAGAGCUCACACAGGCACGGCUUCUUGGUCACGUAUGCAUGAUGUAUUCUGGCAAUAAACGCUUUGUACGAGAAGCAAAGAAGGAACGGUCAGUGUUAUGUGAUUUCUGUAAGGAGACCUGGACGUCGUCUGAAGACAAUUCUGAGCUCCAGGCCAACCCAAGUUUCUGGACUCGGUGGGCUCAUCGAGAAUCCUUGAGACGUACGGGCUAUGGGAUUUGGCUGGUUGACGCAAUGCUCGCAUACCAGUUCGACAUGACUCCCUUGCUCUCCCUUGAGCAUGCGACGGUGGCGAUGCCAUGUCAAGAAGUUGUUUUUGAAGCAAAGUCCGCUACAGAAUGGUCAGAACUUUACAAGAUGUCGACACCAAUGCCCACUCUAGUGGCAGCGUCAGAAGCGCUCUAUGUCAAAAAGUACAUUCACCCGACCGCAGGAGAGUUCAGCCGAGUGUUACUCAUCCAUGCAGUUUUUCAGAGAACAUGGGAUGUUGAAAGAUACGUGCGUCAGCCAUUGUCACAUUACGUUCCGUUCUCCGGCCAAGAUGGGAUGCAAGAUUCGCCGUCCGGUACAGAAAGAUGGCUGCCCGGGAUACCCCUUUUCGGGGCUUGGAGAAACGCGGCAUGCGACUGUCUAGAUGUCCUCCAUUGGAGUGCAAACAGCGUCAUUGGGGCUGCGUCGGGCAUGGAACAUCCCACGGUUCUGCAUCUCCACCUGGCGCGAAUCGUGCUGCUGACUCCCUACGAGAGCAUCUCGAAGCUUGCGUUCCACCGGGCAGGUCUGCAGCCUUUCAGCAGUGCAACAGACGAGGCGAAGACACGCCGGGAGAUCCACAAGUGGCUGCAACAUGACCAGUAUAAGGCCAGACUGGCCAUGAUACAUGCUGGAGUAUUGUUCUGGCACGUUGGCAGAUAUUCGGCGGCCGGCUUCUACGAGCCAGCCGCGAUAUUUCUAGCGUCUCUGGUGCUCUGGUCGUACUCGACUUUCCAAUGGCCUCAGGGUACCGAGACCAACGGCGACGACUCGUCGUCUGAUACCGACUCUGGACGACCAGUCGUCAUCAACCUAGACCGACCGUCGGACGACGAGCUCGUGCAGUCGUUUGUCAAGCACGGGAAGUCGAUGCGUGCAUUCCUUACUGGAGUUGGCGACCUAAGCGAGCCCACAGGUCCAAUCCGGAUUGCGGAGAGAGGAGAGCGAAUUCUGCGGACCUUGACCUCCUGGGGUUGCUCCUGGCCGUACAUCCAGGUGCUUGGACAUCUGGCAAGGGAGACACGUUCCGGUCAAAACGGCCAUCAGUGGAUGUCAUCGAGGCCGUCGUCGGUUGGACAAUGUAUCAUGGCAUCAGCGGCUUGACGAUAAGAGCUUCCAUCAAGCCAGGCCAGGCCAAGCCGGGAGGCCCAACGGCAACGCCUCCCGCAGCAGAAUUUAUGAGGGUGCCACACGAGCAGAUACGCCUGCGAUCACACCAAGCCAAGCCUCAGAUCACAAACAGCAUCCUGCUGGAUCCCGCCGCUCCUGCUUAUUUCACACAUCCGGGACGUCCUGGCAAACGAAACAAUGGUGAAGCGCCCGCCG